ACGUCUCCCCUUAACCGUCCAUUCGUGCCAAUAUCACUAACCUCGCACGUGCCACCACGUACUCCUUAACUUAUAUUCCCUCACAAACGCUCCCAUCUCAACCUUCAAACCCACACCAUCACGCUCUCUGUUUCUCUGCCAUGGCUACCGUUGAAGCUUCUUCGCAUGCCCCAAUGCCGUUGCUGAAAGAUGAGCUUGACAUUGUGAUCCCCACCAUCAGGAACUUGGACUUCCUUGAGAUGUGGAGACCAUUCUUUGAGCCUUACCACCUCAUCAUCGUCCAAGAUGGUGAUCCUUCGAAGACCAUCAAUGUCCUUGAUGGCUUCGAUUACGAGCUCUAUAACCGCAACGACAUCAACAGGAUUUUGGGUCCCAAAGCCUCCUGCAUUUCCUUUAAGGACUCUGCUUGCCGCUACUUUGGCUACAUGGUGUCUAAGAAGAAGUAUAUUUUCACAAUUGACGAUGACUGCUUUAGUUCUACCCCAAAUGCGAAUAUUCAAGUUCCAAAGAUGGUUUAUUGGAAAUAUAUUUCUCUUCCCAAUGAAUGGACUCUGGAACAUGAAGUUCCUCCUGUUAAAACUAUUCCUGAUGUUGCAAUUUAG